CCCUUUUCUGAUUCUGCAUCCUUUUCAUCUCCCCUGAAGUGGUCGAUGUAUUGCUACUUGUUCCGCAGCUCGGGUCCACGAUGACCACCGCUCUCACCAAAGCUGCGAGACUGAAACCCGAAGUUCGUCUGGGGCAGGCUAUCUCCGAAUUCCAAGCCGAUUGCUCAUCGCGGGAGAAGGCGACGCUGCGGUCAUACCAAGCCCCUGGCUUCCCUCCAAGUGUCCGAGAUGUGAUGCAAUUGACUGCAGAAAUCAACCGAUCGGCUGGCCUUCGAGGACAAUGUUUCGGCUCACGGCUCACGAGCAUUCUUCAGGCGGUACAGGAGUUCGCUGCACUCGGGGACAUCGUUCUGGGCGCAUCGCAGAGCCUCCUAGCCUGUGGCAUCUGGGCUGUAGUACGAAUGUCGCUUCUGUCCAUUGUCAAGUACUCGACCUACUUUGAACAACUAUCGUCCAUGCUCAUGGCCGUGGGCCGCUCUGCACCUCGCUAUCAACUAAUGGGCGCCGUCUAUCCUACAUCGCAACGUCUCAGAACAUCAAUGCUGGAAUAUUUCAUUGUUGUCGUGCAAUUGUGCCAUCACGCUAUGAAACUGAGUCGGAAGACGGCUAUAGGCCAGUGGGUUUCUACGUUCACGUCUGCUCUGAAAGGCUACCAAUCUGACCUGGAGAUCUGGGCUACUGCCAUCAAAGAAGAAGUGAACCUACAGAUGGUUCAGCAACUAUCCCUGGUGGCCGAAGACAAUUCAUGGUUUAGAUCUCGGGUCGCGAGACGCUUUGAAUCUCAAUCCCACGCAAGGAGGCUUAGAGCGCGCCAGCGCGUACUGGAUGCGUGCUCCACCUACGACUACGAACAGGAAUGGAAGCGGAUCCGCAAGCUCGGUGCUACCACUCUCUUGGAGACCUCAAUGGUCUACAAGCAGUGGAAGGCCCCACGAGGUUCUGAAGGGCUGCAGUCGCGUACACUCGUAUGUACAGGCAAGCUAGGAUCGGGAAAAUCCGUGAUUCUCGCCAAUAUGGUGGAUGACUUGAACUUGGACUCGGAAAGGAAAGCAGUGGUGGCGUACUUCUUCUGCCAACACGAUUCGACGCAGAGCUUAACGCCGAAAACAGUUAUAGGCUCUCUAGCGCGACAGCUGCUGCAGUCAGAAUGCGAUCUCGACUCCGCACGGGAUGUCCUGGGAGACAGACAAUCCCUCGAGGUUGACGGAAUUCUAACCUUAAUAAGACAUCUGCUACCGCCGCACUUCGAGGCCCUUUUCGUACUUGAUGGCCUAAUGCAUUGCGACGGAAAUGUACGACAAGUUAUCUUGGCUUCUCUACAGGAGAUCCAAAAAUCAAUCAAGCUUGCAUUGUGCGUGUCUCUUCAAAAUCAGCGAUGUUGGCCCGUGACAGCUAACAAAUCUGACAUCGAUGCCUUCAUCAACGCCGAACUAGAGAGAUGUCUUGAAUCUGGGAAGCUCGUAAUAAACGACCCUGCCCUUGUCCUCGACGUUCGAGAUAGCCUCUCCCAAGGAGCGGAGGGCAUGUUCCUGUGGGUGGCUCUGCAGAUAGAAGCUCUGUGUCUUGAGAGGACAGACGCAGAUAUACGAGAGGCCAUUGCCAGUUUGCCUAGAGAUCUUUCAGCAUUAUACACGAUGAUACUGGAAAGGCCACUGACCACAGAGGAAAUGAGAGAAGCCCUCAGUGUCAUCCCCUGGAAGACCUUCUGGGACCCCGCAAGGAUACUCAAUGACAUACAUUCCACGUUGGCUUGUUGUGGGGGUCUACUUACUGUAGAUGAAGAAAACUCGAGUAUUCGCAUGGUACAUCAUAGUGUGAGAACAUUUCUUUGUGACCACCGUGAAAACCAUCGCGAUUUGAUGCCUGCAAAUCAAACCAUGGCAGAGACUAUUGCGACAUACCUGAGCUACGAAAAUUUCUACAAGCAAUUGUCAGCGGUUAAGACACCUAAAAUCAGCUCUAUCUCGGUGACAACGGCAGUGAUCCAUUCAGCAGUUUCCUCUCGUGGCCAAUCCCAAGGAAUUGCGUUGAAUCUGCUGAAAAUGAAGAGGACCUCCAGGGCAAUGGCCUGGUGGCAAGAGCAUGUCUGGUAUCUUGACCUCAACACGCCACACCUAAAUAAUCUCCUGAUGACCAUAUUAGACACCCAUGGCUAUGACAAACCCGACUCCUCUGGACAGACACCGUUGUCACAUGCCUGUCAGCGCGGGAGUCUGGCGCUUGUUGACUGGCUCCUCGCCCGUGGUGCUCGGCAUACCGACGACCUUUUCGGACAGUCACCACUAUCUUGGGCCAUCAAUGGGAGACAUAUCGCUGUCAUUGAGUCCUUGUUGAAGAAUGUCGAGCUGACCAAAUGCUUUCUUGCUUGCGACCGGGUGAAUCGGAACCAAGCAGAUUCUGACGGCUAUACUCCCCUUAUGACAGCUACGCUCCACAACUUUGUGGAAGCAAUACCUCUGUUUCUGUCAGGCCCGCACACAGACAUCUUGGCUGUGACGCCAUCCGGAGACUCGGCCCUCCAUCUUGCCGCCAGCGUCAAGGGCCCUCCAAUUAUUUUUAAUCUUCUUCUCGAAUACGCGCGGCUAAAGGAGAAGGGCUCCCAAGCGGCAUCGAUGGCUAACAGAAAGGGGGAGACGCCGUUGUGGUUAGCAGCCGCAAAUGGGCACCUGGAGGUCGUCCAGUCAGUCUGCCGACAUCAGGACUAUGACCUGGACAUACCUGACGCUCGCUAUACAGACAUUGUCAAAUACCUGGGGAGCUCGGGCCGAGUGAAUAUCAAUCAUCUCAACAAAGCUGGCCUUUCGGCACUGUGGGAAGCGGUAUUGAACGACCCGAACCACAGCGGAGUUGGAGCAGGCACCCCUAUCGUCAGGUUAUUGGUUGCCAUCGCAAGAACUGACGUCGACCGGCAAAGCCACGAUGGUACGACUCCUCUACAGCGAGCUGUUGAGGAAGGAUAUGACGAGAUAGUGGCAAUACUCGUCUCCACCGGCGUAACACCACUCUGGGCGGCUGCGGACUGUGGCAACAGUGGUGUUGUCAAGGUUUUAGCUAAUACGGAAGGGGUCGAUCUGAACUUCCCAGGCAGUCACGGCAGGACAGCGCUCUGGAUCCUGGUCUCCGCUGAUCAGGUGAAUCUCAAUAGCAAGGGCCAUAACGGUACAACGCCGCUUAUCCUGGCAAGCACUCAUGGGGUUGAUGCUGCAGCGAAUGCUACUGGACGAGUGACUGUCAAUAUGGGACAUCCUAAUGCCGCAACACCGCUGUGGACAGCCGCUGAGCACGGACAUGACGCCGUUGUCAGGAUCCUGAUCGACAGCGGCGCGGCUGCGAAUCAUACCGAGAUUGUAUCCUAUUCCCGCGGAACUGCUCUUUGGAUUGCCUCCUGCAAUGGCCAUGCAGGAGUUGUGAAGGUGUUGGUCGCAUGUCCUGGCAUCGAGCUCAACCGGCGCGAUAUAUUGGGGCACACCCCGCUAGGGAUAGCGGCGAAGAGGGGCCACGCGAGUGUUGUUGCCAUUCUGGCCGGCACCCCGGGGGUGGAGCUAUUUCGACUGGAUAAAAAUGGCCAAAGCGCCUUGGAGAUUGCACGGCAGUACGGCCAUGAAGAUGCGAUUAGUGUGCUCGAGGCAAUAGAUCACGCAUAA